AUGAAUCAAAAAAGUCUAGCUCAACUAGUCAUACACCCUCAUGGUUUCUCGACAGGGACUAAGGAUAGGCCUGGACGACUUAUACUACGCGACAUCCUCGGUCAUGAAAUUGCGCAAUUCAAGCGUAUUCUCACCACUCCAGAAAAUCUCAAUUACCCAGGAGCGGAUCCUGGAUUGGCUAACAUCCCCGACUCGGUCCUGCAAACCCAUGUGUCCAAGGAGCACGGAAAGACGAAGCAUACGGUCAAUCUAUUUAUUAUCUUGAAGCCAGGACUCGAGGACUCCAUGAAUAUGCCAUUCGAGCGCGUGCCACAUAUGGUUAAUGGCGGUCAUGUCAUUGGGUUCAUGACUCUCACUCUCGACCAGCACCCUCAUGACCCUAGCGAUUGUGGUGCCUAUAUCGGCAUAAUCAUCCAUCACGAGGCCAGAGGACAAUACUUUAGUAAGGAGGCAUUUAUAGCCGUCCUCGACUAUAUUCUCCUAGGUCAACCAACGACAUUGCGUAAUGGGAACUUAGGUGGUUUAGGCUUGCGCAAAGCUUUUAUUGAGACCGCCGUGGAGAAUAAAGCGCUUAGGGGUCUAAUGGAAAGCAUUUACCUAAAGCGCCUCGAGCGAGAAGCUACACCAGAUCAUGGACAAAGAGGUCGUAUGAUUGUCCCAAAUGUAACUUAUACAGUUACAAAGCCUGAAUGGUUAGAGGCCAGGAAACAAAUAACUAUGGAUUGGAUGCCGGAAGGCCAGCAAGCCCUCUCUAGAGAUGGGUCUCCGAAUUUGGGGGAGCUGGAACGUGGACAUGCCUCUGGCUCCGGACAUGGUGCUGGUAUUGGACAUGCCUCUGGCUCCGGACAUGCCUCUGGCUCCGGACAUGGCGCUGGCUCCGGACAUGGCGCUGGUAUUGGACACCUUUCGGGUAAUGGACGCUUUGGCUAUGGUGCUUACAAAUGA